UGUAUACAACUGUGAGUAAAACUUUACAACGUAACCUAAUCUUACUCGAAUUUAAUACACCUAACCUGUUUAAUGUAAGAUACUUUUCACGUGUACCACAAUGUGGCGCUGUAAUACGCUCUAUUUAACAUAUUUGACUACUAUUCAGUAUCAUUUCAAAUAAAGUAAUUAAAAUGCGCUAAAAAAAUUAUAACUUUACAUAAAAGGAUACCUCUAACCACAAAAAUACGUCCAAAUUGACAUUAAAAACUGCUUAGAACAAUGAUAAAAUUGUAUUAGGAAUGGCGCCAAGGUGUCGCCAUUUUCAUAAAACUUUACCAAGACGGUAAAUCGAGAAGGCUGAGGGGAGGAACAAUUCCUCAAAGUGAGUGUGUGCGCUCGAAAAUUGUUGGAAAAAUUGCUAAAAAGCAAGAAUAAUGUACUGGUCGUAAGUAUAACUUUCUUCAAUGUUAUUUACAAUCGACUUGAAUCGCUUUUGGGCACAAAACACGGGGCCUAUGGCAUGGGACUUCCGUUUAAUGAACAGGAACAGGAAGUUCCUCACAAUCUGAAAUGGCAAAAUAAAAACAUCCUGUACUGAAGAAAAUUUUGAAAAAUAUACAUGCUACGUUUCCGAACAAGUAGGCAAAAAUAAAUAAAUCGUGUUAAUUUUAUCGAAUUGAUCUUCAAAUUUUAAUUUGUCGACCUACUUUCGAUCCCGGCACUUCAAGGUCGAACAACACUGACGAAUUACUGAGUGAAAAAUGGAAUGGUCACAACUAGCCCUUUUUAUAUUAAAACAAGUCCCAAUGAUAUCAAUUAUUAUGGAUCGUUUGAUUUUAGCGUGCAUCAGAAAGAAGGGGAUUGAGUUAAAUAUACAAAAAUGCAAGCAGAAAGUAUUUGCACUAAUGAUAUUGAGGGUCUGGACUCAGACACCCUUAUUCCUGUUGAAAUCCUUUCCUGUGAUGUAUCUCAUCGAGCACGUUCUCAAGAUGCCUUAUCAAUAGUGGAAUUAGGAAAGCAGUUACUUUUUAGUGCAAAAUAUGGGGAUACUGACAGUGUCCGUGAUCUAAUGUGCAGAGGUGCACCAUUUACUACGGAUUGGUUGGGUACAAGUGCAUUACAUUUUGCUGCACAAAAUAAUCAUACAGAAACUGCUGAGGUUUUACUUAGAGCAGGAAUUUCAAGAGAUGCAAGAACAAAAGUGGAUAGAACGCCUUUACAUAUGGCUGCAUAUGAAGGCCAUCAUCAGAUGACACAGUUACUUCUUAAUUAUGGUGCAGAUGUCGAUAGCAGAGAUAUGUUAAAAAUGACGCCUUUACAUUGGGCGGUAGAAAGGGAACAUGUAGAAGUAAUGCAUGUUUUAUUAGAACAUGGAGCAGAUGCAAAUGCAACUAGUAAAUUUGACAAAACACCAAUUAGUCUUGCAUUAGAACAUGAUAGGUUAGACUUAGUAGACAUAUUGCAACAAGAAAGAGAAAUUAUAGGUAUUAGAGCACAUCAACAAAAUCAAGCAAAUUCAGCAGAACUUGAAGUAGCAACUCAUAAUUUAAUACAGUUAGAAUCUGAAAGAGAGGAAGAACAACAAAAGUUUGAACUUCCACAGCAAGAUUCACAACAAAAAAAAAAGAUUACACAAGUGCAAAUGGGAAAAAAGCCACGAAUGAUCUUUCAACAAAUUCAUGUUGGACCAAAUGUUGAUGUUGAUCGAGAAAAAGAAAUCGAAGGUGUGGAUGAAAUUACUGAUACAAAUAAUAUUAAUAAUAGCAAGAAACGCAAAGAUAUUACAACUAUUGGGGGAAUCAACAAAAAAUUUAGGUUAUUAGAAGCACAUGGAAUCACAAUGAUACCUGUAGAUAAUGAUUCAUCUAUUGUUGAAAAUGCAAUGGAAAGUGGAAGAACAGUUGUUUUAACUGGAAUGAAACGACUUCACGUAGCUGGAAAGAAAGGAACUCCUAGGAAAGUGAUAGCAAUUAGAGCAGAUCAAAUUUUAAGUCAUAAUACACCCACCCUCACAUCCAGAGGACCCAAUAUAUUGAAAAGAUCUUCUGUGGAUAAUAAAGCUGGAAAAUUGUUUAUUUCUUCAAUUUCUAGUACUACGCCUGUAUCAACACUUACACAAUCGAAAAACUUAAUAUCUCCAUCAGAGAGUAAAAUCAUUAAUUCGCCCGCAAAAAUGACGGAACCAAUAAUUUUACAAUUAGACGAUGAUAUAGAAGAAAUUGUCGAAGAUGAUCCAACGCAUAAUAAUGAACCAGUUAUGGAUAUUGCGUUACUGAAUAGACAAUUGGCAGAAGCACGAAGACAAGCAGCUGAGUAUCGUAAACGGCUUCAAAAAAAAGAGGAAGAAGCUGAAAUAUAUAAACAGCAACUUAAAACUAUUACAGCGCAAAGGGCAUCCAAGUGAUUUUGUAUAAGUAAAUAUUUUAUCUUAAGUUUCAUUUCUUGAGCCCUCUUUUAUAUACAAAAAAUAUCUUCCUUGGCUUUUCAGCUUGGUACAAGAUUUCAUUUGAAAACUAUACUCUAAUAGUUUAAUAUACAGAGUGGUUGGUAAUAAAGUUUCUUUUUUUUUUUAAUUUUUCCAUCGAGACAACGAUCUACAGUGAGGUCCAUUAUAACGUACGGUACACGUACCGAGCGAAAAUUCAAAGUCGAUUUUCUCGAAAACAAAGCCUCAAACGAAAAAUUUUUAUUCUAUAUUUUCGACUUCUUUUUUCGCAUAGAAUCACCCCCUUUCCGCUUGUACCACCAGUUACCAACCACCCUGUAUUUUCUCAUUGUCUUAUCUCAAAGCAUUAUAGUAGUAUUUAUACGAGCUUCUCGUUACUAACUACUUACUUUCGUAUAGAUUAUUUUACGGAUCUACAAGAUUCCUUAAAUCGGUAUUAUUAAUACUCUUGAUUUAUAUCAGAAAACUGAGUUGGUCGUAUUACAGGGCAUAAUCAUAUAUUAUUUAAUAUAUGCAUACUUCCUAAAAGCUGCAUAUUAUAUGUGUGCGUACGGGCCUGUGUGUGCUUGCGCACGCAUGUGUGUAUGUGAAUGCGUGAUUAAGUCUGAUUUAUACAGUACACAAAUGUUUUUUAAAAAUAAAUGUAAAUAUAUACAAAGCAUCAAUUUGCUUUCCACAUAAUAUCUUGCAAUUGAUUAUAAUCUCUUUCAUAAUAUAAUAUUACUAUCUUCAAAAUAUUUUUUUACAUUAAAUUAUACAUUCAUCACACUAAUAAAAGAAACACUUUAUUUAUUGUUUUAGCUACAUUUAUUACAAAUUACUAUCAGUAAACAGUAUUUUCUUCAUUCUCGAGAUUACAUCAUUUUCCCACUAAACACACAUUUCUAAGCAAUAUUAGGAAAAUAGUAUAAAAAUAAAUAAUACUACAAUAAAAUACGUUUUUAAAUUGUACAUGAUCUAUUUUAUAUAUAGUGAAUUUUUAUAUAUAUUUUAAGGUUACAUAAUAAUUAUGAAAUUAUUCUAUAAUGUCGUUAAAUAAUUAGAACUAUAUGAAAAAUAAAACAAAUAGGUGAUUUCUAUCAAAAUAAAAAGUUUUAUGAACAAAAUUUGAUAUAAUGAAUAUUACCUGUCUCUUUAUAUUUUCUAAAACAAAAAUACUAUAAAUGUUUAGUAGACAAGAAACAUCGUAUAUAUCACUUACAUAUAUAUGUAAAUCAGAGGUACAUAAUGAUUCAAAAUUGUAGUAUAUUGUAUUGAUUAAUUAUAAUUAAUUUUCAAUCAGAAAAAGCUAUAUUUUUUAUGAACAGUUUAUCGAAAGCAUAAAAUGUGGAAAGCAAAUAUAAAUAUAAAAUAGAGUCUGAUUAACAAAUGUAUUUACAUAUUAUUUCGAUAACUACUGUUAUCGUUCUGUAUAUUUUCAUACAAAUAAGAUUUCAUUUCAAGUAUUUUAUCAGUAAUUCCCAAUUAAAACAUAAUUCAAAAUUAUAAAUAGUUACUUUGUUUAUUUAACAGUCUAUAUGGUGCUAUGUAUUCGAAUGAAAUCCUAAAUAAUUGAAACUUCUAGCUUAAGAAUGGCAAAUAGAAAAAUGUACAGCAGACAAAAGAAAGUAGUCCACUCAGGUACAAAUGACGAAGUGUAGAAUGUAUGAAAGAGAAUUAACAAGUGUCAAAUAUUAUUGAAUCCAACAAAUUACAUAAUAUUAUGACUUUUUAAUAUAUGUUGUAAAUAUAAACGUUUAUAUAAUACAAUAAUGAUAAUAGAAGUUGUUGAUGCAAAGUUGUAAACUUUCACUCGAAAAUAAACAUUUUAUAUUUCACGAA